AUGAGUGACGUAUCUACUACUACACAAGCCUCGUUUACCACAUCCAAUAACAAGGACCUGGGUCAUCCAAGUACUAAAUCCAAAGAGGCACGUACGGGUCGUGAUAAUCAACGCUACAACUCAACCACUGGAGCACGUAUAGUGUCUGGUUGUAUUUGUCUCAACUCUACAAAGGACAAAGUAGUGAUGAUUUCAUCUUCAAAGCAUAAGCAUAGAUGGAUCUUACCCAAAGGAGGUAAUGAAACGGACGAGACGGAGAUGGAAACAGCAAUAAGAGAAACAUGGGAAGAAGCAGGUGUAGAAGGUAAAAUAAUUAAGAAUUUGCCAGUGGUGUUGGAUUCAAGGGGCCAGAAAGCACCAGUUAUCAAGGGCGACUUUAAUGAAAGCGAAGGACCUGUACCCAAGAGUGAGUUUCAUUUUUUCGAAAUGCAAGUCGAGGAAUUGAGCAUGGAAUGGCCAGAGCAAAAGAAGAGAGAAAGGCGAUGGUGUACAUAUUCCGAAGCAAAACACGAAUUGAUCAAGCUGAAACGGCCAGAGUUGGUGACAGCAUUGAACUCAAGCUCGAUAAUCAAAGACACAAACGAUGAAAAUGAUAAAUAUUGA